ACGCACGCAAGCGGAGAGCCUGCUGCCGCUCUUCGUUUUCCUGUUGCGUCGCGUCGGUGCGCACCAUCACUGGCAGCGCCCGUGGCGCGAUCUCAGCAACUUUUUUUCCCCAUCAUGUUUCCUGUCUUCCAGUGUAACUUUUAAGCAUUUUUUAUUUUUAUUUUUUUGCAGUUUCAGGGUUAACGAAAGACCCCCAGCAUUGAGAUCAACUCACUCAUCCAUCAGAUUACUUCUCUACUUUGGCAGCCCCUUCAGAUGCGUCAUCCUCAGCUGUAUCGCUGUUCACUGAACAAAACUUGAAAAAGAGGAAGACUAACAGUCCAGCACAGCAGUGGUGACGGUAAACGGUGUGAGCGUAAUCCGGCGUCGCGCGUGUGACGCUAGUGCUGGGAACUUUCUGCUUUGCCUCACUGUCGAUGUGACACAAUCCCUUUUGUCUCAAGUCGGACCGUGUGGUCAAGCAAGAAAAUGUUGUGUCUGAAAACAAGAUGAGGAGCUGAUUGGAUGGGAUGAAAGUAGAAGGAAAGGAAAAAAAGAGGAAAAAACAACCAUGCUGGAGCUCCACCAGGUGGUUUAUAUUGGCUUGGAGCUGCUGAUUGCUCUCCUGGCUGUGGCUGGGAACACCCUGGUAUGCUGGUCUGUCUGUCUGAAUUCCAACCUGCAGAACAUCACCAACUUCUUUGUGGUCUCACUGGCGGUUGCUGAUAUCGCUGUGGGGCUACUGGCAAUUCCCUUCGCGAUCACAAUUAGUGUGGGUUUCUGUGCCGACUUUUACGGUUGCCUGUUCAUCGCCUGCUUUCUGCUCGUGCUCACACAGAGCUCCAUCUUCAGUCUGCUGGCCAUCGCUGUGGACCGCUACAUCGCAAUCAAGAAUCCGCUCAGGUAUAACAGUCUGGUAACAGGGCUGAGAGCAAAGUGCAUCAUUGCACUGUGCUGGACUUUGUCAGCUGUGAUCGGCAUGACUCCACUGAUUGGUUGGAACACAGGCCGGAACGCAACACUUCACAGCUCAAAAACAAAAAGCUGCCCAAAAGGUCUGACCCAAUGCCUUUUUGAGUCAGUUGUUCCUUUGGACUAUAUGACCUAUUUUAAUUUCUUUGGCUUUGUGCUGACCCCUCUGUUGGUCAUGCUGGUCAUCUACAUCAAAAUAUUUCUGGUGGCAAGGAGGCAGCUCCGUCGAAUGAGCAUCACGGUUUCACUCUCACCUAUCCCCGGACGAAGACCUUCAUCCUCAAACUCUUCCCAUUCUUUUCUGCAGAAGGACGUGCAUGCUGCCAAAUCACUGGCAAUUAUUGUGGGCUUAUUUGCUAUCUGCUGGCUUCCUGUGCAUAUCAUCAACUGCUUCAACCACCUGUGCAAAGACUGUGAGCGUCCAACAAUCUGGGUGAUGAACAUCGCCAUCAUCCUCUCCCAUGCAAACUCUGUGGUGAAUCCCUUUAUUUACGCCUACCGCAUCAGGGAGUUCAGACAGACUUUUUGGAAGAUUUUUUACAAGUACAUUCUGAGGCAGGCAACCAGCAACGGGGUUGGGACAAUGAAUAUUGACAGCAGAGAUUUCAGCUGCAUCAGCAUCAGACGGACAUCCCAAACGAGUAAAGAGGUUUCGACAUGUGACACAAUGGUGAAUAGCUACAUCCUGGAUUCUGAUACUCAUCCAUCAAGAUACAAGGUUAAUCGCAGAACUUCUAGCCAUUGGUCUUCGAAUCAAGAUGUACUGCCAAGCAGCUGCAUCCGCAAUGGAUACAGAGGGCAAAGUGGCACCUUCUCUGGGAAGCAGGAGAACACUAGCACGGCAUUUUGUGCAGAAUCUGCUUCAUGUGACGAGGGAGCGGCAGAUGUUUUUGAGCUGAAAGACAGAGGAGGCUGCACUGAUUUUGUCAAUGUUCAAGCAGUCUCCGUAAAAAAGACUGAUGGUUGCAACUCUACAGACAUAACAGAGGUGUCAUGACACUUACGUUCAUAUAUACAUUUUUUCCCCACCGCCACGACACUCUUGAUCCUGCGCGAACUGAAGACAAUUUCUUCAACAACAACAAAAAGUGAAACACUGAACAGAAUAGUUAUUUCUUUCUCGUAGCAUAAGACCUGUUUUUAUUUACUUUACACUUUUAUUUUCUAUAUGAGCCAAAUUUCAGUUGAAGGUCAGGCUACAUGAACAUAAAGAUGCUUAAAGCAGGACGCUUUUCAAUAUGAGCUGAUGCUUGCAUUUUCUCUGCGUGUUGUUUAAGUGACGUCUAUGGAAAUGUCUGUUUUCAAAAAAAUAAAUUCAGAAAAAACAAAAAUUUUAAAUUUUAAUGUGAACAAAACAAUAAUCGA